AUGGAGGAGUUUAAGGAUGGUUCCCAGCGACGGUAUCAUGGAAGCAAAGGUUGUCGCUUGAUGCGUAUGUUGGUGGUUUACGGAGAGGAUGGUGUUUCUCACGGGCAGACAACAUUUUUGGAGCUCCCCUUUGGAUAUGACUUUCGACAAAGCAAUAGGUUGCAGGAAACAAUGGAUCGGCUUGCCACAAAGUUGGAAUUAAUUUAUAAUGCUGCUGGAGGGAAAAAGAUAAACCUCAUAAGUCAUUCUAUGGGUGGUCUUUUGGUGAAAUGUUUCUUGUCCCUGCAUAGUGAUAUUUUUGAGAAAUAUGUUAAGAAUUGGAUUGCAAUUACUGCGCCAUUCCAGGGUGCCCCUGGAUGUGCCAAUUCUACCCUUUUAAAUGGAAUGUCAUUUGUGGAAGGAUGGGAGCAAAACUUUUUUAUUUCCAAAUGGAGUAUGCACCAGUUGCUGAUUGAGUGUCCAUCAAUAUAUGAACUGAUGGCAUGUCCUAAUUUUCAUUGGCAACACAUUACUGUUCUGGAAUUGUGGCGUGAGAGACUUCAUUCGGAUGGAAAAUCUCAUGUUAUUCUGGAGUCAUAUCCGCCAUGUGAUAGUGUCGAGAUUUUGAAGCAAGCUCUUUUAAACAACAAACUUAAUUAUGAUGGUGAGGAAUUGCCUCUGCCAUUCAACUCAGAGAUUUUGGAAUGGGCAAACAAAACGCAGGAGAUUCUAUCUUCUGCCAAACUUCCAUCGGGUGUUAAAUUUUACAAUAUUUAUGGGACCAAUCUUCAGACCCCUCAUAGCAUUUGCUAUGGAAAUGCAGACAAGCCUGUUUCAGAUCUGCAUGAGUUACGUUAUUUACAGCCCAGGUUCGUGUGUGUUGAUGGUGAUGGAACAGUUCCAGUAGAGUCAGCUAAGGCUGACGGCUUCAUUGCGGAGGAAAGGGUUGGAAUCCCGGGGGAGCAUCGAGGUAUCCUUUGUGAGCCUCAUCUAUUCAGGAUUCUCAAGCACUGGCUGAGGGCAGGAGAUCCCGAUCCCUUUUACAAUCCUGUCAAUGAUUAUGUGAUUCUACCUACUGCUUUUGAAAUAGAGAGCCAUACAGAAAAGGGUAUAGUAGUAACAUCCCUUAAAGAGGAAUGGGAAAUCAUUUCCAAUGACCAAGAUGGUCAAAGCAAUACCGGUGACAAAAUGUCCUUGAGCUCAAUAUCUGUUUCACAAGAAGGAGCCAAUAAAUCGCAUUCUGAGGCUCAUGCUACUGUCUUUGUUCACCCUGGCAGCGACGGUAAACAGCACAUUGAACUGAAUGCAUUAUCUGUUUCAGUUGAUGCCUCAUGAAUCAUUCUGUUGAAGUGUACGUGAACAUGGUGGGAAUACUUGAUGUAUAUUUUGAUUGUGGCUGACAUCUCUGUGUAUAUAUAAGGACAUUCAUAUGAUGCUGCCACCAUAUUCCUCAAUGUUUUCUAUGCUGUAUAAUAUGUGUGUCAGUUAUGAUAAAAAAUAUCAUCUCUAACAUUCUUAUCCAACUUUGUCAAGAGUGGCGUGCUAUUCAUAUUUGUAUCAGCCUA